AUGAGCAAAUGGAAAUCUUUGACACCUGAGUUUCAGGAGUUAGUUAUGACAACUGAAAUGGUUUGGAAUAUCAGUGAACCUUUAAUUGAUAUGAUUGUUUCUAAUUUUCAAUCAAUAAUUAAUAAUAAUAUUUUUUCUCCAUAUGCAAUUCUUGAUUUAUUUGAUUGUAUAUCAAGUAAAUCACUAAAGAAUCUCUUACCUUAUGUAAAACUUGUAUCUUCUUUCUUGAAAAGUCAAAACUUGCUAAAAAUCGAAUAUCCAUUUUCCCAAAAUCCAGCGCUUCAAGCAGCUCUUAUAAAAUCUGAUGUAAUUUCAGGAGAAAUUCCAGAAGAAUAUACUAACAUGUCCCUUGAAGAUAUCUAUAAAAUCUAUCCAAAAGAUUCUUUGAAAAACAUAAUUUUUUAUGACGAUAUCGAAAAAUUCAGAGGUUUGCAAGAUCUUAACAUCAUGAUUGAUGAAACCUAUAGCCUUAUUGACUAUUGUGCAAGAUGUGGUGCAGUCAAAUGCUUCGAUUAUUUAUUAGAAAAAGGCCAAAAAUUCACAGAUGAAACAAUGGAAAACGCAUUUAUCGGAAAUAAUACGGAGAUUAUCCAUAAAUGUGAAACAAAAUGCUUUGUUUCUACAAGAUGUCUGAUGAAUUGCAUCGAAAACCAUCAUAAUAUAACAGCCAAAUAUGUUCAAGAAAAGUAUGCUCUCGAUUUUCCUUGGGAAUCAACUUUGAUGUACUAUAACUUCCAGUCUUUCUUUGCUAAAUUAAGCUCAUCUAAAACAAUUGAUGAUAGAGAUGAAUAUGGAAAGACAGCAUUGAUGGCAGCAUGCGAAUACGGAUUCUUCCCAAUUGUAUCUUUCCUUGUUGAAAAUGGAAGUGAAGUAAAUUUGAAAGAUGAAAGAGGUUGCUCGCCACUUACAUUUGCUGCUGCAAAUAAUAGGCCAGAAAUAGUUACAUUCCUAUUGUCAAAAGGUGCUGACAUAGAAUCAAAAACGAAAAUUGGUUUCACUCCUUUAAUCAUCGCAAGCCAACAAAAUUCAAUUGAAUCAAUUGUUGUUUUAUUCAACAAUGAAGUAAAUUUGAAUAAUACUGAUGAAACUGGAGCAACGGCACUCAUGAUUGCUAUACAAGAAGGAAGCUCCGAUGUCAUUCAAUUCUUAGUUGAAAAUGGAUGUGACUUGAAUAUCCAGGAUUCAAACGGAAAUUCUGCUUUGAUUCUUGCAGCAAACUAUGGAAACGCAGGUGUUGUCCAAUAUCUAGUCGAAAAUGGUGCUAAGAAAGAUCUCGCAAAUGGCAAAGGUUUCACUGCAAUGCAGAUAGCUCAUGAGCUCGGAUUUACUGAUAUUGAAGAAAUUUUGAAUUAA